UUUUCGUCAGCAAUUAAAAGCCGGUCCCUGAGUAGGCGCCGACAUUCCAAUCCCGGUAUUCGCGACUGUACUCGGACCGCUGAAAGAGAAUGGCCCGGACCAAGCAAACAGCGCGAAAAUCCACCGGAGGGAAAGCUCCCCGCAAACAGCUGGCCACCAAAGCGGCACGGAAAAGCGCCCCAGCCACGGGCGGAGUGAAGAAGCCCCAUCGCUACCGGCCCGGCACCGUGGCUCUGAGGGAGAUCCGGCGCUACCAGAAAUCCACCGAGCUGCUCAUCCGCAAACUGCCCUUCCAGCGCCUGGUGCGGGAAAUCGCUCAGGACUUCAAGACCGACCUGCGCUUCCAGAGCUCGGCCGUCAUGGCCCUGCAGGAGACCAGUGAAGCUUACCUGGUGGGGCUCUUUGAGGACACCAACCUGUGCGCCAUCCACGCCAAGCGAGUCACCAUCAUGCCCAAAUACAUCCAGCUGGCCCGCCGCGUCCGUGGGGAGCGCGCCUGAAUCCGGCCUCGGCACCAAGCACAACAAAAGGCUCCUUUAAGAGCCACUAACUCAGCAGUGGAAAGGGCUGUCAUUUCCUAUUCAUUCACCUUUUGUG